GUAAUCGUCCCGGAAUCAGUCGGAGUUUCUCGUCGCAGUACGCGUUUAGAUUCCUGGGAGUGCGGAUGGUUAGUGAUCGAAUAAUUAGAAAAAAAUUAUUUUAUUAAAAUAAUUAAUAGAUUAUUGUAAUUUUGAUAAGUGCAGUUUUGUAGUGUUUGAAUUUUUGUGCUUGGUUUGGAAGAUAGAAAAUCUACAGUAACGUAAGUUUUGGUUUGGGAACAGCUUGCACUGCAAACACGAACGCUGCUUAAAAAUGAAGAGAAUGAACGGAACUAACGGAUACAUCAACGGAGAUAUGGACAUCAUAACGCAGAACCAACAAAAGGGUUGGUGGACAAUUGGUCUAAUCAACGCUAAAUAUCGCUACCUCACUGCCGAAACAUUUGGAUUUAAGGUCAACUGCAAUGGAGCCAGUUUGAAGAAAAAGCAAAUCUGGACUCUGGAACCAGCUGCCAGCGGAGAAAGCAUUAUCUACUUGCGCUCCCAUUUGGGCAAAUACUUGUCCGUUGACUCCUUCGGAAAUGUUAUGUGCGAAGGCGAUGAACGCGAUGCUGGAUGCAGAUUCCAAAUUAGUAUUGCUGAUGAUGGCACUGGAAAAUGGGCUUUGCGUAAUGAAUCCCGUGGUUACUUCUUGGGCGGGACCCAAGACAAAUUAACUUGCACUGCCAAAGCUCCGUCCGAUUCCGAAUUCUGGAUCAUACAUUUGGCAGCUCGUCCACAGGUGAAUUUGAAAUCAAUUGGCCGCAAACGUUUUGCGCACCUUUCAGAAGCUCAAGAUGAAAUCCAUGUCGAUGCAAACAUUCCAUGGGGUGAAGAUACUUUAUUCACUCUUGAAUUCAGAGCUGAUGAAGGAGGAAGUUAUGCUUUACAUACUUGCAACAACAGAUAUUUGUCAUCUACUGGUCGCUUGGAAAUUACUUGCACUAAAGAUUGUUUGUUCAGCGCCGAAUAUCAUGGUGGACAAUUAGCUUUACGAGACAGAUCUGGCAGUUAUUUGUCUCCAAUUGGAUCCAAAGCUGUUCUCAAAACACGUUCCCAAACUGUGACUCGUGAUGAACUGUUUUGCCUGGAAGACUCUUUGCCUCAGGCCAGUUUUAUUGCUGCAAUGAACAGCAGAUAUGUUUCAGUGAAACAAGGUGUUGAUGUAACUGCUAACCAGGAUGAAAUUUCCGAACACGAAACAUUCCAAUUGGAAUUCGAUUGGACCACCAGACGUUGGGCUUUGAGAACUACUCAAGACAGGUACUGGUCUCUGGAAUCUGGUGGAGGAAUCCAAGCUUGUGGUGACAAACGUUCAGCAAAUUCAUUAUUCGAAAUGGUUUGGCAAGCUGAUGGCUCCGUGGCUCUGAGAGCAAACAAUGGCAAAUAUUUAGCAACAAAAAGAUCUGGACAUCUUUUUGCAAGUUCUGAAACCGUGGAGGAAAAUUCAAAGUACUACUUUUACUUGAUCAACAGACCAAUUUUGGUGUUGAAAUGCGAACAAGGUUUCGUCGGUUACAAGGCACCAGGCAGCACCAAACUGGAAUGCAAUAAAGCUUGCUAUGAAACCAUCAGAGUUGAAAAACAAGAAAAGGGAGUUGUGAAUUUCAAAGGUCAAAAUGGCAACUAUUGGCGCGUGGACGGCGAAGGAAUCUCCUGCGAUUCACCCGGAAAUCCCGAAGACUUCCAUCUGGAGCUUCGUGAACCAACUCGCAUUUGUAUCAAGGCUGCACGCACAGGCGAAUACCUAAGUGCAGGCAAGAAUGGUGCAUUCAAACUUGGAGAUGGACAAAUUGAAUGGGAGUACUAGAUAUAUAAGAUGAGUUGAUAAGAUCUUUGUCCAUGGAAGUGUGAUUUGAUUAAUUAACUGUUUUUACUAUAUUUAUAACAAUUUUUUAUUUUAAUGCGUUUGUCAUAUGCCUAAAUCGAAGAUUAAAAGAUUAAAAAUAAAAACAGCAUGAAAUUGUACGGUUGGUAGAUAUUUACAACCGUUAGGUCGAGCAGGAAAUUGUAGAUGAAAAGGGAGACUUUAUUCCAAUUUUAUUAAUGAAGCACAAAUAAGUAGAUUUUGAUACUCAUUUUUUUCCAAAUCAUCAAAUCAAACAGUAAUAUUUAUUUGCAUUGAUAAUCAUGGAGGAAUUAGGUGAGCCUCAUAAAGUAGAGAAAAGCAACUUGAAUGGUUAUGGUCAUCAAGGUCAAAUUUGAAAUAUAUUUUUAUACAUGGAAAUAUCAUUUUUCCAUUAUCCUAAUAUCACAGAAAUAUACAAAUAUAAAAUCAAAACAAAGACU